AAAAGGAAGGUUUGUGAUGAUUUUAAAAUCUUUUCUACUAGGUAAUCUAGUAUCCUUAUGCAUGAAGAUAAUCAAUUCGGUCGUUGUGGUCGGACUCUAUUAUGGAUUUCUGACCACAUUCUCCAUAGGGCCCUCUUAUCUCUUCCUUCUCCGAGCUCAGGUUAUGGAAGAAGGAGAAGAAGGAACCGAGAAGAAGGUAUCAGCAAUAACUGGUUUUAUUACGGGACAGCUCAUGAUGUUCAUAUCGAUCUAUUAUGCGCCUCUGCAUCUAGCAUUGGGUAGACCUCAUACAAUAACUGUCCUAGCUCUACCGUAUCUUUUGUUUCAUUUCUUCUGGAACAAUCACAAACACUUUUUUGAUUAUGGAUCUACUACCAGAAAUUCAAUGCGUAAUCUCAGCAUUCAAUGUGUAUUCCUGAAUAAUCUCAUUUUUCAAUUAUUAAACCAUUUCAUUUUACCAAGUUCAAUGUUAGCCAGAUUAGUCAACAUUUAUAUGUUUCGAUGCAACAACAAGAUGUUAUUUGUAACAAGUAGUUUUGUUGGUUGGUUAAUUGGUCACAUUUUAUUCAUGAAAUGGGUUGGAUUGGUAUUAGUCUGGAUACGGCAAAAUCCUUCUAUUAGAUCUAAUGUACUUAUUCGAUCUAAUAAGUACCUUGUGUCAGAAUUAAGAAAUUCUAUGGCUCGAAUCUUUAGUAUUCUCUUAUUUAUUACCUGUGUCUACUAUUUAGGCAGAAUACCGUCACCCAUUCUUACUAAGAAAAUGAAAGAAACCUUAGAAACGGAAGAAAUAGGGGAAAGUGAGGAAGAAACAGAUGUAGAAAUAGAAAGAACUUCCGAAACGAAGGGAACUAAACAGGAACAAGAGAGAUCCACCGAAGAAGAUCCUUCUCCUUCCCUUUUUUCGGAAGAAAAGGAGGAUCCGGACAAAAUCGAUGAAACGGAAGAGAUCCGAGUAAAUGGAAAGGAAAAAACAAAGGAUGAAUUCCACUUUAAAGAGACAUGCUACAAAAAUAGCCCAGUUUAUGAAACUUCUUAUCUGGAUGGGAAUCAAGAAAAUUCGAAGUUAGAAAUACUUAAAGAAGAUGAAGAUAAUAAAAACAAAAAAUGGUUUGAAAAACCCCUUGUGACUCUUCUUUUCGACUAUAAACGAUGGAAUCGUCCAUUGCGAUAUAUAAAGGCUCGAUUUCAAAUUAAAAAAGCUGUAAGAAAUGAAAUGUCACAAUAUUUUUUUUAUACAUGCCUCAGUGAUGGAAAACAAAGAAUAUCUUUUACAUAUCCCCCCAGUUUGUCAAUUUUUUUGGAAAUGAUACAAAGAAAGAUGUCUUUGUCCACAACAGAAAGACUCUCCUAUGACGAACUAUAUAAUCAUUGGAUUUAUACCAAUGAACAAAAAGAAAACACACUAAGAAAGGAGUUUAUAACUAGAAUCGAGGCUCUAGACAAUGGAUCGCUUACUCUGGAUGUACUGGAAAAAAGAACUAGAUUGUGUAAUGAUGCAACUAAAAAAGAAUACUUGCCUAAAAUAUAUGAUCCUUUCUUGAGCGGACCAUAUCGUGGAACAAUCAAAAAAAUGUUUUCACCUUCAAUCAUAAAUGAAACUUCCAGAGAAAAUUCCAUAGAGAAGUUUCGCAUAAAUAAGAUUUACGGUAUCCUUUUUGCUAUUGAUUAUCGAGAAUUUGAACAUACAUUUGAUAGAAAAUCAUUAUCAACAAAAAUGGGUUAUUUUUUUAACUUAAUCAAUCAAUUUACUAUAGAAUCACCAUCAAAUUUGAAUUUGAAAAGACUUUCGUUAUUUCCAGAACAAGGAAAAGUUGAUUCAGAUUCAGAAGAUCAAGCAAAAUUUUUAAAUUUUUUUUUUCGAUAGAG